AUGAUGGACUCGAUGUUGCCAGUCCUCGUCCGGGGCCUCCAGAUUCUCUGGGUCCUGCUCGUCACAGCAUUGAUCGGCAAUGUCAUUGCCCUUAACAUCAACAGCGCCGGCUCUGCCAUGGCCGCCAUCAACUUCUCAAUGUUCGUUGCAGUCGUCUGCUGGCUUGCAUCUCUCUACGGACUGGCCGCCGCUUUCGUUUCGGCCAUUGCCAUCCCCAUCGUACUGUUAGCCCUUGACGGUGCCGCCGUUCUGUUUACCUUUAUCGACGCCAUUGUCUUGUCAGCCAAGCUCCGCGCGGUCAACUGCGGAUCGCUGAACAGGCGCGACUUGCCGGGCAAUUAUAUUGUCUGGGGCUCCGCCGACGACGAGAAGCGCUGUCGUGAGAUCCAAGCCAGCACGGUCUUCAUGUGGUUCCUGUUCGCCAGCUUCUGCGCUGGUGGGUUCUUUACCUUUAUGAACUUCCGCCGCGGAGGUGGUUCCAUGCGCAGCUCUCGACCCAGCAUGGCGCAGGUCGACGUCUAA